AUGGAGGACAAAUCAGAAAGUGCAAUGAUCAAAUCAGUUUAUAAAUAUUUGAAGUGUCUGAAGUGCAAAAAGCAAUUUAGUAUGUUCGAUGAUCAAUCCCACCUUCUUCCUUGUCUACAUACUUUUUGUUUAACGUGCCUUCAGAGUUGUGAUUUAGAAGACGGAAUAUGUCCAGCUUGUUUUGAAAAACACAACACGCAAAGGGAAGAUUUGUGCAAAUUACCAGGUGUUUCAGCUCUUACGAAAGAUUAUUACUCAUACGUUAAUACUGUCAACCAAACUUAUAAGAAUUGUGAAAUGUGUAACAAUAAUUUACACGCGUUGAAUAGAUGCAAACAAUGUGAAGUAAAUAUAUGUAAUGAGUGUGUAAUGCUUCACAAACGGGUAUGGAAACUAAAGCAUCACUAUAUAUUUUCUACAGAAAAUAUUUCGACAUGUAAUUUUAGAGAAAAAUCGAAAUUGUUUUCAUCAGAGGCAACUUGCACUAAGAAAGGUCACGAAAAAGAGAUACGAAACGUUUACUGUUUCUCAUGUAGGAAACCGGUUUGCACUUUAUGUGCUUUUGUUGAACACCGUGAACACGGGCAUAGAUUGUUAAGCGAAGCGUUUGAAAAUGAAACGCGCAGAGCACAAGUUUUGCAAACAAAACUCAAAAAGAAAAUUUCUGAAAUCGAAAACAUUAUUUGCAAAAUAGAGGAGGAAAAGGUUGCUCUUGAAAUGCAUUCAAAAUAUCAAAGUAAGAUGACAAAAGAGACAUUUGAAUAUUCAAAAACAGUUCUAGAUAAAAAAGAGGAGGAAUUUACUAGAGAAAUAGACCAUCUUAUUGGAAAGAAAUUUAACGUUCUUCAAACACAGGCAGAUUCCUUGCAAGUUAAUAAAAGUUCUUGUUGUGAAGCAAUCGAGUUUUUGAAUCACAUGCUUUAUUCAAAGAAUAUGCCAGCAUUCCUUGAAAUAUCAAAGUCAAUGUUAGAAAGACUUCAGAACCUUGGGAGUAUACCAUGUGAUGUUAAUCCACACACUUCUUCGGCGUCUUUCAAAACCGUCCCAAAAGAAAAUAUGCUUGACUUUGAGAGAACAGUUCGGAAACUUGUAAAAUUACACACUACAAAUGCAAACCUCUUUCAAUGCAGAAGUGUUAUUCCAUCUCACUUUCUUGUACAACAUGAAUAUACAUUAUCCAUGAAAUUAAUUUCUUCUGACGAAUCAACGAUAUCCGAUGAAAACGUCAAAAUGACUAUUUCGAAAGAAGGAGAAAUUAAAUAUGAAAUAAAGUGUGCAUUUUCCAAUGAAGACAAAACGAUGAAAGGAAAAUGGCACCCUCGCGAAACUGGAAUGUUUAAAUUGAAAUCAUUUAGUAAUGGUAUAGAUUUGUCAUCUACGGGGGGAAAUCUCUUAUGUGUAGAGGAAGAGAAAAACAGAAAAGGUUAA